AUUCCAUCCAGAGUUAUUGUCAAAAAACCACAAACAUCCCAGAAUCCUCUUCGUUUGGGGUCCAAAUGUUGUCGCUUAUUAUAUCCCAUAAGAAACGUCGCAUCGAAUCAAUGUAAUUGAAUUCUACUCGCCUGGACGAGCGGAAUUGAAUGGUGAAACUGGUUUUGCUGUGCUGUGUUAAAUCAGAUAUUUGCAUGACUGCAUGUGUAUUAUUUUGAGAAUAGCAAAAAACCGUCAUCCCCAUAUUACAUAGUGUUUUAUUGGUCGCUCGUCUAUUUCACUUCCCACAGCUUAACCACUCAUAUAUUUUGAUGCCGCUCGACGAGGCGAGUAGUACGAGUACCCCCUUGAUGAGUCUGCGACUAUUCCAUCCAGAGUUAUUGUCAAAAAACCACAAACAUCCCAGAAUCCUCUUCGUUUGGGGUCCAAAUGUUGUCGCUUAUUAUAUCCCAUAAGAAACGUCGCAUCGAAUCAAUGUAAUUGAAUUCUACUCGCCUGGACGAGCGGAAUUGAAUGGUGAAACUGGUUUUGCUGUGCUGUGUUAAAUCAGAUAUUUGCAUGACUGCAUGUGUAUUAUUUUGAGAAUAGCAAAAAACCGUCAUCCCCAUAUUACAUAGUGUUUUAUUGGUCGCUCGUCUAUUUCACUUCCCACAGCUUAACCACUCAUAUAUUUUGAUGCCGCUCGACGAGGCGAGUAGUACGAGUACCCCCUUGAUGAGUCUGCGACUAUUCCAUCCAGAGUUAUUGUCAAAAAACCACAAACAUCCCAGAAUCCUCUUCGUUUGGGGUCCAAAUGUUGUCGCUUAUUAUAUCCCAUAAGAAACGUCGCAUCGAAUCAAUGUAAUUGAAUUCUACUCGCCUGGACGAGCGGAAUUGAAUGGUGAAACUGGUUUUGCUGUGCUGUGUUAAAUCAGAUAUUUGCAUGACUGCAUGUGUAUUAUUUUGAGAAUAGCAAAAAACCGUCAUCCCCAUAUUACAUAGUGUUUUAUUGGUCGCUCGUCUAUUUCACUUCCCACAGCUUAACCACUCAUAUAUUUUGAUGCCGCUCGACGAGGCGAGUAGUACGAGUACCACUUUGAUGGGUCUGCGACUAUUCCUUCUAGAGCCCUGCAACAACCGUGACCUCAACACAGACUCCACGCCUAUCUUCUUGCACGAUACCCAUAAAGAGGAGAUUCUACAUCAGAAUGGCGUGCGCGAUGGCAACCCCAGUGCUUGAGCCUAGCAGGGACUUCCCGGCGUGGCUGGAGGCGCAGGGCGUGAACGAGGAGGUGGCCCGGGCCAUGGACUCUGAGCUGGGCAUCCGGGACUACGGGGUCCUGCGCGCCUGCAUCGGGGACGGCCUCGUGCGUGCCGAGCUGCUUUCCACGGCGCGCGACCGCCUGCCCUUCGGCUUCUACGCCGUGCUGCGGCAGGUGGUGAAGGCCCUGCAGGGUGCCGAGCUCCACAACGCUGGGACGUCACCCUGGGACGCUGCGCCAUCUCCGGGCGACGUGACGCUGGGAGGCCUGGUGGACGUGCUGCUCACACUUUUCAGCGGCUUGAGCCGAGAGCUACUGGUUUGCGCACAGAGGCUGGGAGACUUUGAUGGUGCUGGGGCCAGUGCCGGACGCUCCAUUUCGGACAGCAAGGAAAUAAUUUUUGAGGAAAAAGCAAUGGAUGAUGCAGAUGAUCAAGAUGUCGAUGUUUGUGUGCCUUGCUCUUUGGCCUACACAGAAAAUGAUGGGCACACCCGGGCCUCAUCAGAGGCAGGAGACUGCAGCCCAAACCCGUCGCUGCACAUGAUCAAAACCGAGGCAAGCUGCGCUGACGGUGAUCAUCAGAGUCCCACGUCGGACCAGAGAGACUCCAGCCCCAGCCAGACGCCGCCCAGGAUAGAAAGAGACGCGUGCGGAGAAGCAGAGCGAGGAGGAGGUGGGGUGGAACCACGCGGCGGCGUUCCCCAUCGCGGCUGUCACCGUGGAACUGUGGCACCGGCACCCAGCCAUCGGGGAGCUCCUGCUCGCUCACCUGCUGAGCAAGUGCCCCUACUUGGCCCCUUUCUUCCCUCGUCCCACGCCUGGGCAGAGCCAGGAGGACGCUUUCAGGAUCCUCGGUUACCGCUUCGAGGAUGGGACACUAGAGGACGAAGACUUGUUCCUCCAGAGAAUGUCGGGCAUGGCGCGCCUGUACGCGGCCAUCGUCUCUGCACCCGUGUCUCCCUCCAGUGGCGACAAGAGCCACCCCCACGGCGUGAGUCACGGCUGGUCCUGGCUCACGCGGGUCCUGGAUAUGGAGCCCAUGGCCAAUGUCACCCCCACCGUGCUCUUCGGCUUUCUGGAGGUGGCAGGCAGUGCCAUGGAGGUUGCAUACGGCGAUCAGCUCUGGGAGCUGCUCGAUGUGUUAAGGAAAGAAUACAUCCCAAGGUACCUCUCACCCAGUGGCAGAACCUAGUCACCAUCUCACCUUCACAGAGCCAUUUAUAUUUGCACGUGUUCCUUGCAUUUACGCCUGAAGUCGCGAUUUUCUUUCUGUUUUUAUGUUGUGGCAAUAGACUGAAUCACCUCGUCAAGUCGCCAGCUAAUAUCAAAGUAGCAUUGCACUUGGACAAAGAGAAGGGUCCUUACACAGCCGUAACUUUCCCCUGCGGAUCAUAAACUCUGGCUCUUGGAAGACUCUUCACCAGCCCAGUUUUGCACCCACAGCAAUUGGC